GUAUUUGAGAACUUGCCCAAGUACAUUCUUUUUGUUCUGCAGGAGCACUCUUAUCCCUAUUGGCCAUCGAAGCGGUCUGCCAGAUAUCAGUACUACGUCAUCGAUCCGAUGGUUGAGUACAAUAUGCCAACUUACACCUUACGCGAGUUCAAGGUCACGGACACGCGUGCUGGCGUUUCAAGAACAGUUCGGCAGUUUCAGUACACAGAGUGGCCCGAGCUGGGCAUGCCGGAUAACUGCGAGGCCUUCACAAACUUUAUCACUCAGAUCCACAAGACAAAGGAUCAAUUUGGUCAGGACGGACCCAUUACUGUUCACUGCAGCUGUGGUUCGGGUCGUACGGGUGUCUUCCUACUGCUGUCCGUGGUGCUGGAAAGACUGCGCAACGAGGGUAUAGUGGACAUUCUUCAGACGGUGCGACUUCUUCGGACGCAACGAAUUCAUAUGAUUCAGUCACCGGAACAAUUACAGUUUUGUUACAAGGCCGUUCUAGAUUACAUAUCCUCAUUCAACGCCUGCGUUCGAUGA